AUGACGAUCAAACGGUGCACCGACAUCACACAUCAACCUUUUUUCUUCAACUGCCUAACAUCCGCCUCGAUCAAUAACCACAACUUUCUUCUUUUUGUUUCAGGAGCAAAUGGCCUCAGAAGACGAGGGAGACAGACGUACACAAGAUAUCAGACGUUAGAAUUAGAGAAAGAAUUCCACACGAACCACUACCUCACGCGAAGGAGACGUAUCGAAAUGGCCCACGCACUCUGUCUCACGGAAAGACAGAUAAAAAUAUGGUUUCAGAAUCGAAGGAUGAAGUUAAAGAAAGAGAUACAGGCAAUAAAGGAGUUAAAUGAACAAGAGAAACAGGCGCAAGCACAGAAGGCUGCUGCGGCAGCGGCUGCGGCCGCGGCGGCAGCACAGGGUCAUCCCGAGCAUUAG